ACGUCUUCCCGCGGGUCACGUGGUGUGUUGGUCAGCUGACCAAGCUGCUUCCGGGUUGUCGUCAGUGUUUACUUUGUGAGCGGCUCGUCUCUGUUCCUGCGAGUAAAGCUUCUCUGUUCGGUCCCGUGUGGAGCCGCCAUGAACGCCUCAGACAGCGAGGAGGACUCCUACGAUGAGAGGACGGCAUUGGUCCCAUCUGAGAACCCGGUGCUGCCGUCCUACAGACCGGAGCCGGACCUGAACCCCCCUCUUGACCCCCCCACCAAAAGGGUAAAGUUUGGGGUCAGCGGGAGGGCAGGUACGGCCCCCGUGGACGGCGGCGGCGGCGGCUCGGAUCAGGAGGCGGACGUAGACGAGGAGGAGCUGACUCUGAAGUACGGAGCCAAGCACGUUAUCAUGCUCUUCAUCCCCGUCACCCUGUGCAUGCUGGUGGUGGUCGUCACCAUCAAGUCAGUCAGCUUCUACACGGAGAAGACCAACCAGACGCUGAUCUACACGCCGUUCACGGAGAACACAGCAUCCGUCGGCCGGCGGCUCCUCAACUCCGUCCUGAACACUAUCAUCAUGAUCAGCGUCAUCGUGGUCAUGACCAUCUUCCUAGUGGUCCUCUACAAGUAUCGCUGCUACAAGUUCAUCCACGGUUGGCUCAUCCUGUCCUCCCUCAUGCUGCUCUUCUGGCUCAGCUUCAUGUACCUGAGCGAGGUGUUCAAGACGUACAACCUGGCCGUGGACUACCCGACAGUUGGAGUGAUCAUCUGGAACUUCGGCACGGUGGGGAUGAUCUGCAUCCACUGGAAGGGGCCCCUGCAGCUGCAGCAGGCCUACCUGAUCCUCAUCAGCGCCCUCAUGGCCCUCGUCUUCAUCAAGUUCCUGCCCGAGUGGUCGGCCUGGCUCAUCCUGGGGGCCAUCUCCGUCUACGACCUGGUGGCCGUGUUGUCCCCCAAAGGUCCUCUGCGCAUGCUGGUGGAGACGGCUCAGGAGCGGAACGAGCCCAUCUUCCCGGCGCUCAUCUACUCCUCCGCCAUGAUGUGGACGGUCGGGAUGGCGAGCCCGCCGGAGGCACAGCGCUCGGGACAGGAAACAGAUGAGGAGGCGGAGCAGAGCAGCAGGAGGGCGGAGCCUGAGAACCGACAGUCCCAAUUGUUUCCAGAAGACGACUUGGAGGAGGACCGAGGAGUGAAACUCGGCCUCGGGGACUUCAUCUUUUACAGCGUUCUGGUUGGUAAAGCUGCAGCGACGGGUGGAGACUGGAACACAACGCUUGCCUGCUUUGUCGCUAUUCUUAUCGGUCUGUGCCUGACUCUGCUGCUGUUGGCCAUCUUUAAGAAGGCUCUGCCCGCGCUGCCCAUCUCCAUCACCUUCGGCCUGGUCUUCUACUUCUCCACUGGCUUCCUGGUUCAGCCCUUCAUGGACAACCUGGCCGCUCACCAGUUUUACAUCUGAGAGAAAGCCCCGCCCACCUCACCUGCCAACACGCCUCCCGGCCCCUUUCAUCAGAGACGACUUCCUGCGUCCGUCUUCUGUUCGGGGAACUGAAGGACAGGAAAUGACGUCGUGCUUUAUGGCGGCAGCUCACCUGCUCAGGUGUGUUGAGAUAGGCCGGCGCUCCUGUCAGUCAACUUACAACCUGUAAAGACCCUCUUUGUCUUGAUUGGCUCUCACAGCCCCGUGUAUGUCACCUGACACAAUGAUGUCAUUUGUUGGUCUCGGAGACGAUUUAAUCAAUAACCUAAUUAUUCUUGUACAAAUAAUCCACCUGAUCAUUAAGAUGAGACUUUUUCAUAAAUCCAACAGCGAAAUGUAAUUUCUUGUACUUCAAAUUUCUAUGGAGCCAUUUAUUCAAGCUAAUGUUGUAAUGCUCAUUUCUAAGCCCCGCCCCUCACAUCCAGAUGUUGUCAUGCUCUCCUGCUCUUCUGAUCCGGAUCAGACAAUAAAUUGAUAACUUAAGUGAAAACAAACGCUCCAUGUACUUACAUGACCUUUGACGGGGAUCGAACCCCCGGAAAUGAAAUAUUCACAGAAAUCAAGAGAAUCAGAACCAGAAAGGGAAGAAGCAUGAUGAGCGCAGGUUCCUGAUGACGUGAUCUUAUAAUAUCUUAGAGGAGGAAUGUCUUUAUCAUAUUGAUGUUUAGUUUGACUCAACAAAGACGGAAUAAAGAGCAGCUCGUCUUUCAUCAA